AUGCACGACGACCCCUUGGACGAUGAGGAGGAAGAAGAGCCUCCACGAAACAUUGGACGGGUGGUCUUUGGCCCUCGUGAAUUCGACACGUGGUACCACUCGUCGGCAUACUAUUUUUCACAGAAGGACGAACUCAAGAAGUUGACCUGGAAGCGGGCCAUGGCGUUGAUGGAGGCCAAGGCCCUCGACAAGGACAAGGACAAUCACACCUGCGACAUGUCCCGGCUCUUCAUUGAGCGCUACAGCUCUCCGUCUGUUGGCACACCUGGAGGAACCUCUUCUGCAUUAACAUCCUCAACCAUUUCGUCCUCUGGAUCAUCAGCAAACGCAUCUGUGGCCCCCAAUGACCAACCACCAGCCCAGGUCGACUUCCAGGUCAAACAGCUGUUUGUCUGCGACUCGUGUUUCAAAUACUCGAAGGUCUCCAAGGACAUGGCCCAACACCGAAGCACCUGCAAGUAUGUGUUCAAGCACCCCGGAGAGACGGUUUACAAAUCGAAAGACUAUGCCAUUCGCCGUGUUGAUGGCGCCGUUCACAAGCUCUACUGCCAGAAUCUCUGUCUGUUCGCGAAGCUCUUCCUGGACCACAAGUCUGUGUUCUUCGGCGCCGAUGCCUUUGAAUUUUAUGUUGUGCUCGGCAAGGAUACCGCCAGCAGCAGGCACUUUAAACCCAUGGGCUUCUUCUCCAAGGAGAAACUGUCGUGGGACGAAAACAAUCUGGCUUGCAUUCUGGUAUUUCCUCCGUAUCAAAGGCGAGGGCUGGGCAAACUGCUGAUCGAGUUUUCAUACGUGCUGUCGAAGUACGAAGGCCGUAAAGGAAGUCCAGAGCGACCGCUGUCGAAGUUCGGCACUUUAUCAUAUAUGUCUUACUGGUGUACUACGAUAGCCCGGUUCAUCUUGAUAGAGUGUACAGAAGACGUCAUCACGAUUGAGACGAUCAGCGAACAUACUUAUAUCCAGCCGGAAGAUGUGAUGCGAGCACUCAAAGAAAUGCAUGCUGUAGUUCUCUACAGCGACGAAAAAGCCAAGAAGGUACAACUGGGAGGACGGGUUUUGAAGAAAUCUGUUAGACGUUGGGUUAACAGUGGCAAUGUGAAACUGAGCCCUGUGAUUGACGAAUCCAUGGUGUUUUUGGAGUGA